AUGGCAGCUCAGCGAAAGCUGCAGCAAGAGAUCGACAGAUGCCUGAAGCGGGUACAAGAGGGCAUCGACGAGUUUGACGGGAUCUGGGAAAAGGUCCACGACACCGACAACUCGAAUCAGAAGGAGAAGUUUGAGGCCGAUCUCAAGAAGGAGAUCAAAAAGCUGCAGCGUCUCAGGGACCAGAUUAAGACAUGGAUCUCUAGCGCGGAUGUGAAGGACAAGACGCAGCUUGUGGAGGCGCGCAAAGCAAUUGAGCGCGAGAUGGAGCGGUUCAAGCUGUGCGAAAAGGAGGCCAAGAUGAAGGCCUUCAGCAAGGCAGCGCUGGGGCAGGCCGACAAGCUCGACCCUCGGGAGCAGGCCAAGAUGGAGACGCGGGAGUGGAUAAAUUCAGCUGUGGAUACGCUCAACGAGCAGAUUGAGAAGUACGAGUACGAGAUUGAGGAGCUGGCGGCAACGGGCGGCAAGAAGAAAUCAAAGCCGCCCCCCCGCAUCGAGUUCCUCCAGUCUGUGAUCGCUGUGCACAAGAAGCACAUUAUCAAGCUGGAGGCUGCUCUGCGGUGCCUGGACAACGAUGCCCUGGAGGCGGAGGACCUGGACCCGAUUCGUGACAGCCUGGAGUACUACCUGAACGCGGAGGACUCUGACCACGCGGACACGGUGGACGACCUGUACGCCGACAUAGCCGAGACCCUGGAGGCCGUCGAGACGGUGGCGGGCCCGGGGACCCUGGUCAGCCACGGCAGCAAGGGCGGCAGCAUGGGCGGCGGCAAGGAGGGGCGUGAGGGCGUGCGCAGCGGCGGCGGCAAGGGCGGCGACGAAGAGUCCAAGGACCGGGACCGGGAGAGGGAGCGCGCGGCAGCUGUCAAGGCGCAGCUCAUCGCGCAGGGCGCCAUCAGCAAGUCUAUGGAUGACGACGAUUCGCGGGGGCGGGCCGGCGCGCGGCCACCCAGCGUGGCGCCCCCUACACCCACGGGCUCUGCACCCAUACAGUCGCCUGGCAUCACAGCCAGCCCUGGGGGCCGCGCGCCCACUGCGCUGCAGCUGCCUGCCGCAGCACGCUCCUUGUCAGACAGCGGCAGCCAGCUGGCGCUGGCACAGGCGCAGGCACAGCAGCAGCAGCAGCAGCAGCAGCAGCAGCAGCAGCAGCAGCAGCAGCAGCAGCAGCAGCAGCAGCAGCAGCAGGAGGGCGGCGCUGGCCUAGUGCCGCCGUCACCUCAGCAGCGGAUGCAGCCGACACUAGCGGCACCGCCGAUCACAGUGCUCUCGCCGUCGUCGACGCCAGGGCCCGGGCCGGGGCCAGAACAGCUGGGAUCUGGGGCGGUGCUGUCGCCCCUUGCAGCAGCGGCAGCAGCGGCGGUCCUGCCUGGUGCGCUCAGGCCUGGUGGACCUCUGUCGCCAUCUGCGGCAGCUGCGGCGGAGCUGGCGGCAGCGGCGGCAUCCCAGAGCGGCGCGGGGCCGACGCCUGCCACGGCUCAGGGGGGCGCCCCACCUGGUGGGCGACUGGGUGCGUGGAUGGCAGGCGCGCCACCAUCAGCAGCAGAGGCGGCCAAGCCAGCGGCCUCUGCAUCCACCAAAGCGCCGCCACCAGGCAUGCCAGUUCCGGCGGCAGCGGGCGCAACCGGGGGGCUGGGGCCAAGCCCAGGUGGCGGUGCUGUCUCGCAGCUGAAGGGUGCUCAGCAGCUCGAUGCGGGGACGCCGGGCCAGGCGCUGCCUGAGGGCAAUGAAGAGGCCAUCCCGGCAGGCGCGUCGCCGACGGGCGGCACAGCAGCAGCAGUGCCGGCGGCGGCGUCCCUGCCAGGCGCCUCCGUGCCUUCCCAGGCGAGCGGCGCGCCGGUUGAGGGUGGUGGCGAGGGGUCGUCAGGCGCGGCAGCCGCGACGGUUGCAGGGUUGGCGUCGGUCCCGGCUGCGGCAGCUGUGGUGGCUGCGGCGGACGCCUUGGCAGACAGCAUGGCCGGGCUGAGCAUGGACAGCAGCGCGUCGGGGGCGGCCGCGUUCGAGGUGCUGAGCCGGCUGGCGUCGCAGGACCUGGGCUUUGGGCAGCUGCCCGCUGUGCCCGUGGGCGUUAGCAGCAGCAGCCUGGGUGGCGGCGGCGGAGGGGGCCUGGGCGCGUCCCUGGGUGUGCUGGACUCGGCGUUCCGCGCGGCUCAACCUCAGCCCGUGGACAGCGACUGGGCGCGCAGCCGGCCGCGGCACCCCGUGGCAACGCCGCCCACGUUCCCGCGCGCGCCGCCCGACAUCAUGUCGGCCCCGGGCCUGUUCCGGCGCAUGGACCCUGAGGCCCUGUUCUUCGCGUUCUACUACCAGCCGGACACCUACCAGCAGUACCUGGCGGCGCAGGAGCUCAAGCGCCAGAGCUGGCGCUACCACAAGCACCACAACGCCUGGUUCCAGCGCUACGCGGAGCCCAGCGUCACAAACGACGAGUACGAGCAGGGCACCUACGUGUACUUUGAUUUCAACAUCAUGCAUGACGACCUGCAGACGGGCUGGUGCUACAGAAGAAAGGAGAAUUUCACCUUCAGGUAUGACGCCCUGGAGGAUGAGCUGGCGGUGGGCGCCGGCUGA